AUGGGCCGCUUCAGCACUGACGACUCGCCACGGCCGCGAAAACGUCGCACGAACUUUGACGACAACCGAUCCUUCCUCACGAACGUCUCCGUUCCGAAAGCUUCUACGACUACGUUCUUUACGCCGGCGCCCAAGAGCUCGACCUUCUCCUUUUCCCUUCCAGCCAAUCUUGCGGCAUUUCCAAGGGAUGGCAACCAUCUGCUUCGACUAGAUAGUCAAGGCAGACAUCCGACUACAUUAAACGGAGUCCUCGCUGGACUUGGCGCGGAGAAGCUCGCAGCGGCUUUCAAGACCCCCUUUCUCGGCGAAUCCCUGGACAAUGCGGCUGCGAGACCCGCUACACCCACAGAUACCGUAUUUACGCCCAGCACUGACGGCGGGGACCCCAACCAAUAUGACGCGGAUGCUCCGAUAGGGCCGAAGGAACCGAGCAUAACCAGGCGCAUUCGUAAGCUUUGGGAUGAAUGCCCUAUCAUACCUUGGAUGCUCAAAUGGCGGGAGCUCUACGUACGCGAGCACAUUCGACUGGAUGGGCGUGCAGAGGCGUUGGACUUGGAGAAGUGUCCUCACUGCGGCAAAGAUGGCUUCCCGGAGUAUCGCUGUGAAGAUUGUCGAGGCGCAAACCUAUGCAAAGAAUGCACGGUUUACUGGCACCGAUAUUCACCGUUGCACAAAAUAGAGUGUUUCAAUGCGUCAGGUUUCUAUGAACCAGUCAACGGAGCCGAACUGGGUAUCCGGAUCCAAUUGCUGCAUAGCCCGGGCGAGGUCUGUAAAUUUCGCGUUCUUCAUUCCGUCGAAACUUUCAAGAUCAUUGCUACCAAUGGCAUUCAUAUCAUUCCGGUCGACUUCUGCAACUGCGAAGUCGGGCAAGAUGUUCCUCAUCAUAUCCAGCUCAUGAGGUGGCGUCUAUGGCCUGCCACAUGCUCAAAACCCGAGACGGCAACGACUUUUGAGGCUCUGGAUAUGUUCUCGCGUCUCUCCUCGCUGGGCCGAUUGAGUCUGUACGACUUUCACCGAGCGCUGGAGGCCGCGACAGAUGGCGCGAUGAUCCGCGGUAUUGCAGGCGCGAGGGAGCAACUGUCCAACUGCGUACGGCAGUUUCGGCAUGUCAUGAUGUUUAAGCGGGCUGGCCGGGGUCAUGAGCCUGGUGGGAUCUCGGGAACGCCUCCAGGAGGGUGCGCAGUAGUGUGCAUUGCCUGCCCGAACCUCAAACUCAAUAUGCCCAAGGACUGGGCCUCAAGACCCUUUCGAUGGCUAUACCGGGUUAUCUUGGCACUCGACGCGAACUUCAGACUAUCGAAUAAACUGGUUGGAUCAACCAAGAGGGAUCCCAACCUGACUGACGGCAAAGCAUACUUGGCCCCUUGGCAGGACUACGCGCGACACACCAAGAAUACUAUCAAGGAAGUCGCGCAGAAAUCAACCUGCUCACGCUUUGCGGCUCUGGAGAUGGCGGAUACUAGAGGAGGGAAGGGUCAGCGCUCCACUGGAGUAGCCGGUUGUGUCUGUGCGCGCCACGAGAUGGUACAACCGCUAGGAAUUGCCCCAUUACACAAAGGAGAGCGUUACGAGAGCAUGGACUGGGUGUUCUGUGGCGCUCUGUCACACGUCCACGCCCCCGAAGUCACACUGUCAUAUGACGUUGUCUGCCAGUACGGAAUCAAUCUCGCAACUCGCCUCGCUCGCAUUCGUCCGACAAGCAUCAUCUGGGCUGGCGCUCAAGUCUUCGCAAAGCUGGCCAGUACAGGCGAUAUAACCUACGUCGUGCCUAAAUUCCACCUCUAUGCUCACAAGGUGUGGUGCCAGCUCCGAUACGCCUUCUUAUACUUAUCUGGGGUGGGGAUGACCGACGGCGAGGCAAUUGAGCGUCUAUGGUCCAACGUCAACGGAGUUGCGCCAAGUGUGAGGGAGAUGUCACCGGGUGGAAACAACGAUGUACUGGAUGAUGUAUUUGGCGCGUGGAACUGGCUCAAAACAUGUACGAUAGGUGUGUCUCAUUCCUACUAUCAAGACUUCAGCGAUGCCAAUAACCUCCGAGGGUUGUCAUUGCGAAGCAAGAUGGAUCGCGCGUUGCAUGAUGGUCGUGAGCAGGCUACGGUCCAGACAGAUUUUAUGGCGGCGCUGCGGGUAGAACAUUCUGAACGACUCGACCAAACUGAGCGAGGCCUUGCUACUUGGAACGCGGCUGAUCAAUCUCGAACACCGGAUACAGAAUGCCCUUACUAUGUUAAGAAACAGAGGGGGCUGUCAAUUCCCCAGAUUGCGCUACAAACGUUGAAGGCAGUCAAACGCGCCACCAUUGGCCAUUCGGAACAGUCUGGUAGUGAUGACGCACUGUCUGCAUGUAUCGAACUUGGCAUGGAGAUCGAAGAUGAGAGGGCGCGUAUAGCUUUGAAGUGCGACGACGAGGACGAAACAAGUAGGACAUCGAUUCGAACGCGGUUGUUGAAUGGUCUUGCCCAGAUGAUCCUACGAUUCCGUGACGCGCAGAAGCGUACUAUGCCGUUGACAUACGCCGCUCUCUCUGAUGAGGACAUGGACAUCGACGCUAGCACUGCCAUGACAGUCCGACUGGGCCUGCCUUCCGAUCCCCCGGGCGGUAACCUCUCAGCCGUCCCCGCUGCCGCCAGAGCUCUAGAGGUCAAGCUCCGCUGGAACGCUCUGAAUGAUACGCUCGAGUGUCUUACCAGCCAGUUGCUCCUCAAAGGAUGCCUCCAAAAGCACCGAAUAGCCCACUACACCGGUCAAAGGGCAGCAACUCGCGCGCAAACAACCCAGGCUACCGUAAACGCUAACAUCAGGGCGGUCGCGAAUGAUUACCGGCGCCACUGGGAUGCUCACUUGGCAUUAGAAGGAGAGGGGCUUUGGCAGAAGGAAAUGCGGGAGUUGCGUGACUCAGAUUGCCGAUGCUUAGGCGAUAGAAUGAUCGAGCAGAUGGAGAGGAUGUCAGCCAACACCAUAGAACGCUUCCUCCAAGGGCGGGCCGAUCCACACCAUUCCGGCGAUACGGCACACAAGGUACCGUGGAUCUGGUAUAACUGUAAGGAGAAAUCGAGCUCAGAGAUCGUCGACGAUUUGAUGACGGAAUGGGCCAAAUGUCGUGCACGCGCCCAACACUGGGUUCAAGAGAUACGACUGCUUGACGCUGAGAUGCAGCGCGUGAUCGACUCCAGCGAGACUCUCGCUCGGUUGUGGGACGAACGUCGGAAUUCAGACGACACCAUCGAUCUGGGCGAGGAGCAGGCGUGGGCAAGCGAUGCAGGAUAUAUGGAUGGCAGGCGGGCGUAUGCUUCGAAACAGGCGUUCAUACGGAGAGCACAGGCGACCAAGUGGCGAAAAGAGUUUGCCGGCUUGAGGACAGAGGCGUCAUGGUUUCUGGCUACACACACGGAGGAGGGGAUUGCCUUGGACCCCUCAACGCUUCUCCCAUCUGAGGAGAUUGCAGAGAUGUUGCGUCUUGCUGAUGCGCGGCGCGAGAGACGAACAAAGGCCAAGCGCAAGGGGAAGUACGCAGAAGCGGAGGAAGACCCAUUCGGUGACGAUGCUGCCGAGUUGUACGAGGAUCCGGCGGUCUUAGAGGUAGACCCAUACGUCGAAGAGGGGUCUGGCUCAUAUAACGGCUGGUCCGGUGGCGAGCGACACGGUGGCGAUCUACCGCGUCCGACAGAGUCUCUUGUCACCGGCGAUGUUCACAGUGGGGAAGAAAGGGCAACGAAAAGAGCAAGGCGGGGAGGCCCGCCCAAACAGGGUGGUCAUUCAAGUGGUAGCAAUGCGCCGAGGGGGCGGAGGAAGCGGACAUAG